GUGGACGGUUGCCAGCGAAACUAAAGGAGACGUGGUGGAGUCGUGAAGAAAUAAGAAGAAGAAAAGGAAGAAGGAGGAGGAAGAGGAGGAGGAAAAGCAUUGGUGAAACGAAGCAACCGACCGGGAUUUUUAUUUUAAUUUUUAAUUAUUUGUAUUCCCCCCCCCCCCCCCCCACCCCCCACCCCCCGAUCUAUCCAUCCCGGAGAAACCCCAGCGUGAUUUGCUUCUCUAUCGCUUUCCCUCUCGCUCACAUCAUGGGAGCUGCUACCAAGCUUACGUUGGCUGUUUUCCUCAUUUCGUGCUCUUCAGGUGCAAUCUUGGGUCGAUCCGAGAACCAAAUCUGCAUUUUCUUCAAUGCAUACUGGGAGAAAGAUCGAACAAAUCGCAGUGGCAUUGAACAGUGUGAUGGGGAAAAAGAUAAAAGGCGACACUGUUUUGCUACUUGGAAAAACAACUCUGGUUCAAUAGAAAUUGUGAAACAAGGCUGUUGGCUGGAUCACCGGAACUGCUAUGACAAGGGUGAAUGCAUUGAAACAAAAGCCAGCCCCGAUGUGUUCUUCUGUUGUUGCGAAGGUACCAAGUGUAAUGAGCGUUUCUUUUAUGCCCCGGUUAUUCCACCGCAACCAACAUCAAAUCCGGUUCCACCAAGACCACCACUGUUCAACAUAUUGCUUUAUUCACUGGUACCCAUCAUGGGAUUUGCUGUGGUUGUGCUGUUCUCUUUCUGGAUGUACAGGCAUCAUAAAUUGGCAUAUCCACCAGUGCUUGUUCCAACUCAGGACCCCGGGCCACCUCCACCUUCUCCCAUACUUGGUCUGAAACCACUGCAGUUACUGGAGAUCAAAGCCAGGGGGCGCUUUGGUUGCGUGUGGAAGGCCCAGCUGCUCAAUGACUAUGUGGCCGUCAAAAUAUUCCCAGUUCAGGACAAACAAUCUUGGCAAAACGAAUAUGAAAUCUUCACUCUACCUGGAAUGAAACAUGACAAUAUUUUGAAUUUCCUUGGUGCAGAGAAACGAGGCACAAAUAUUGAUGUGGAGCUGUGGUUGAUAACUACCUUCCAUGAAAAGGGUUCCCUUUCAGAUUUUCUGAAAGCAAAUGUGAUCACAUGGAAUGAAUUAUGUCACAUUGCUGAGAGCAUGGCCAGAGGCCUUGCUUAUCUUCAUGAAGAUAUUCCUAGAUUGAAGGAUGGGCACAAACCUGCUGUUGCUCACAGGGACUUCAAAAGUAAAAAUGUGCUGCUGAAGAACAACCUCACAGCUUGUAUCGGAGACUUUGGUCUAGCUUUGAGAUUUGAAGCGGGGAAGUCAGCUGGCGACACUCAUGGACAGGUGGGCACUCGAAGGUAUAUGGCUCCAGAGGUGCUGGAAGGUGCCAUAAAUUUCCAGAGGGAUGCAUUCUUAAGGAUAGACAUGUACUCGAUGGGUCUUGUACUCUGGGAGUUGGCAUCAAGGUGCACAGCUGCAGAUGGUCCAGUGGAUGAAUAUAUGUUGCCAUUUGAAGAGGAAGUCGGACAGCAUCCAUCUCUUGAGGAUAUGCAAGAUGUGGUUGUGCAUAAGAAGAUCAGGCCUCUCUUCAGAGAAUGUUGGCAAAAACAUCCUGGAAUGGCCGUGCUGUGUGAGACGACGGAAGAAUGCUGGGAUCACGAUGCGGAGGCCAGAUUAUCUGCUUGCUGCGUAGCAGAACGCAUCACUCAGAUGCAAAGACUAACGAGCACCAUUACUACAGAUAACAUUGUGACAGUAGUCACCAUGGUAACAAAUGUUGACUUUCCACCCAAAGAAUCCAGCCUAUGAUGGCUCUAGGGGUCAUAAGACAGACACUGGACUCUCAAUAGAGCUGCUAUGCUGAAUUUAAUUGACCGGUUACGACAAACUCAGUAUCGUAUCUCUACCCGCUAAAGAACUGGUCGCCAAUGGAAAGACGAGUGGAUAAAAAAGGCAUAGUGCACCACUGCUGGUGGCAUUGGAAGACAACAUGUUUAUAGCAUGGGUCACUCAAUACUUCAAUAAGCUUCACUGGAGACAUUGAAAGAAGUAGUAUGUAUUACGUUCUUCUGACAUAGGUGAAGCUGAGCAGGAAAAUAGACGAGUCCUCAAGAACGUGCCAUAGAAAGACGUUGGUUCUUCCUUUGGUAAAAUGAGGGCGGUCAAAGCUGGAGUGAACCAGGUGGCUUCUCAAAAGGAUGUUUCAGUCCUUCAGAAAAAAAACUUAGUUUUUAAUGACAGUGCAUUUCAUUUCAGAAAAAAAGGGCAAUUCGUUUUUAUCGCAUUUGCUGUUUGCGUUCACAAAGAACUAUUGUAAUGCCAAUAUGACAUAGUUGUGAAUGUUUAGUGUGCUGCUGUUAUAUGUAUAAACAAAUCAAGAUUCUUUGAUGGGACAUAGCAAAGAAGCUUCAAGCAUUACAUUAUAACCAUAAACCUCCCUCAACAAGGUAUACCUCAGUUUCCAUAUUUGAUAAACUAUAUUAGUACUUUUAGUUUGAUAACUCUUAACAGAUUUGAAUUGAAAAUUGACCUUAAUGUAGUUUUAUGUAUAAAAUUACUGCAUUUUUUAAAAAAAGGUAAAUUAUACCUUUCUAUGCCAAUGGGAGAUGGCCAUUCAAGUGUUUCUGCCUUGUUUUCCUGUGCUAGCUACUUGUAAUAAUUUUUAUCAUGCAGUUGUCCGUUUCUAAUAGCUCCUUUGCUAAGUGAGGCUUUGCAAGUAUCUUUUGCCCCAGUAUUGGCUUCCGAAAGCACUUCCUUAUUUUAGAUUUGCUGUGUCUAUAGAGAAUUCGAAGGUGUACGCAUGCUUUUCUGUUUUUAGCUUGCGAUAUAUAAAUAACACUGGAGGUGUUUUAAAUCUGAAUGCUUUUAUUUUGUAAAGUAAUAUAUCAUUUUUAAGUUUUCCCUUUCAUUACAUAUGUAAAGUAAUUUUGCUUAUCUGUUAGCAAAAGUGCAGUCAUUACUCUACCUGUCACUGUACCAACAUAACCUCAGGAAUUUGUUACCCUAAAAACCCUCUCUGUUUUGAGUUGUGGUGGCAGACCUACACUAAUUGUAGUGCCAUUUGAAUAGGUUAUAAAAGCUUUCAGGACAAAGGAAAUAAGUUUUUAUAUUUUUAAUAUAUGCAAUAGAUAUAUGUAGAGAUGACUGGUACUGACUUCUUCUGUUCCCAGACAGAUACACAGUUUUACACAUUGUAGCAGAACUAACUUAAAUUAAAACUAACCACUAUAAGUGCUGCUCAGAUCACCCUUUAGGGCUAGGGAUUGGUUGUCUUCAACCGAGUGUUAACCAUGCAUUGCAUUGUCACAACAUAACUGAAUCCUUCAGUACAAAACAACGCAGUGUAGAUUACCACAAAACCAGUAAAAUUACACUGUGUGAAUGGUGAUUAGGUGCCAAAUGGUUGAGAUAGUUAACAACACUGAAGUGUUCAUAUUUUACAAUAGAUUUACAGUUAAAGUUGAGUUGUUUGACCGAACAGACUGCGUUAUGAAGAGCUUGUUCACUUAAAGCUCUUAAUUUUGUCAGGAUCCCAUUGUAAAAGAAUAGUGACAAAAAAAAGUAUUAGUUAAAGCUGCAGUAUAUCAUCAUGAAAGCAACUUUUGAGAAAAAAGGUUCCUUACAGAUUUGUUCUCAGCAGCCUCCUCCAAGACCCCACUAAAAAAGUAUAAGAAGCACACAUUUGUAAUUUAGAGCGAAAUAUUCCUGAUAUUCCUUUUGUGUAUUCUUUAUUCUCAUCUCUUCCUGAAUUUUUAGCCCCACUGGCUUCUCUCUCCUUCAGGUUCACUACAAUUGGUAUUUUUCAUGAUAAGUUUCAGGUGUCAGAAUUUUUUUUCUUAGAGUGCAAGUAAGUUUCUAACAGACUUCAGUUGACAUUUUAAUUGUUUAAUAUUAGACCCAAUUUUCAGUGCAUCAGAUUUAUUUUUACCAAAAGUGGUUUUAACAAUACUGAAGAAAAUUGAACAUUAGCAUUACUUUCUACAAAAUAACUUCAUUUAGUUUUUUUUUUGCAUUAUUUCCCUCCCCUCCCCCAUGUUAAAUUUCUCCUAGAAUAUAUUGCAGCUUUAAAACAUUUGCAAAUCAGGAACUCACUGUGAAUGAAUGUUUUAUGCAUAUGUGAAGUGCUUGCUUAUGAAAAUGACAGAUCUUUUAAUAGACUGGAGAAAAAAAACACUAAUUGUUAUGCACAGCCUCAGAGCAAGAAAAUUGCAACGUUAAAAGAAGAAAAAAAAAUCUGUCCCCAUACUCCAAGCAGAGAGGGAAGAAAGGGCAAAUGCAAUGGUGUAUGUAUUUCAACAUGCCCACUUGUACAACUUCAGAUUAAACCGUCAGUUGGUGUCUGUCUCAAAAACACAGGUUCAUUACAGCCAGAGGAAUCUUCUCUGUUGAAAUACUUGUACUAUAUAAAGUGUGGUUUGUAUCAUUUCUUCCCGAGAACAAACUGUUCGUUGUAAUGUCAAAUUUUAAACUAUUACCAAAAUUAUUCUUUGGUAGAUUUGAACUCCGUUUGCUGCCUGCAUUUUGUAGGGUAGACAUGUUUGCUCUGAAGUACAAUUCGAGUUUAUGAUGCAAUACAAUGACCAUUUCUACUGAAUUGUCUAUAACAAGUGGCCACUCGCAAGAUGGGUCUGUUGGACGGAAUGAUACAAAAUAUACUCUAUAUUAAGCAUUGCUUACCUCAGAACUUACCACCAGGGAGUUCUUAAAGCAGUUUGUUUGAUACACAUACCUCUAAGCUAUGUUUGCUUUAGUCUGUAUCAAUGUUCUGUGCAUUUGUGGGCACAAAUUACUGUAAUACUGGAUAUGUACUUGGCAAUUUCUACAAAUACCUAGCAAACAGAGGCCCCAGGGAGAGGCCUGGAUAGAUGGAUAAGAUUGUUAAAUAUUGUACAGAAACUUUUGCUGUUCCCCUAAGAAUAAACUGUAUAGUGACUGCUGUAUGACAUGCAUUCUAUACAUGAAAUGGA